AUGUUGCGAAAUAUUAACGCAAAGAAAUUGCUUUUGUUGCUACUGUUGGCGCAUGUCUUGAGCUGUAGCACAAUUGAGCUGCUGGAGCAGAACAGCAAUGAACUGUUAGAAUUAAAGGAAAUGAACUCAACCGAAACCAAUAAAACUAUUCCCUUGGCAGCUGCAAGCAAUGCGGUACUACGACAAUACCCACCACAAUUUACUGGUCCCAUUGGAGGCGGUGGUGGUAUCGGUGGGGGUUUCAACGGUCUUGGCGGCGGUGCUGGUGGGGGUUUAAACGGUCUCGGCGGCUGCCCGCUCUGUGAUGCUUCUGUUUAUAGCUACUGUUCGCACAAAAUGUUGCACGAUGACUGCUGUUGCAAUUAUCCGGUGCCACAACUGCGCCCACCUCAAUGUUAUUACAUCGACUGCGCGCUGUUAUAUGCAAAAUCAUGUUAUGAACACUCGCUGAUCACGAACUGCUGCUGUAAUAACCCAUACUGA